UAGGACAUGGGUCAAUAUCCAGCGUAAGGUCAAUCGCCUUUAUCACAUAACCUAUAAUUCAGUACAACCAGAACUACCAGAUUUUAUUAUGUUAGAACAACAAGACUCUUCUGCAUCUUUAAUACCUCAUCAAGAGUUAUCCAUCUGCGCACAUGCCUAAAACGCAUGAUGCUAGUAUUUUACCUCCUACUUCUUGUAGGAGGUUCUCUUUCACAAGACAGAAAUUCUCUUGACGGAUCCAGAAAUAUAACGAGUAAAACAAUAAAUAAACGCUCGAUCUUCACUAUAAAUAUUAGUCCAACGUUCGAGCAAGAAGAACCUCAUAAUAACUAUGGUGGCUUGAUGACAUUUAUGAAGCCAUCCAGGCAAAGCAACGUUUUUACGUAUUGUUCUAGUGGUUCUAAAUGUCAAUUUUUUCUUUAUUGCUAUUUAUCGGGUGGUACUUUAGGUUCUUCUUGUGGACCAUUAUUUUCUUGUUGUGUCAAGAAAAAACCACAACCAAAAAUCAAAAGAGUUAACUAUGGUCCUGUGCGCAACGAUCCAUAUUGCGGAAGAAAUUCUGUGAAAACCAGCAGAAUUGUUGGUGGAAAUGAUGCCUCGUUUGGCCAGUUUCCAUGGCAAGUUUUAAUUCAAGUCGGCGGAAGUAGAUGCGGAGGAGCAUUAGUUGGUCGUAGACAUGUUGUGACUGCUGGUCAUUGUGUUGCUAGAUCUCAACAUAAUCCAUCGAACAUCAGAGUUACUUUGGGUGAUUUCGUGUUACAUUCCAAUAUCGAAAGUCUUCCAACUGAAACAAUUGGAGUCAGUCAAGUAAAACUUCAUCCUAACUUUCGCUUCACACCUCAGGCAGAUCGCUAUGAUGUUGCUGUAUUGAUUCUUAAAAGAACUGCACCGUAUCGUGCUAAUAUUAAACCAAUAUGUUUACCUCGAAAAAAUGCUCGUUUCUUAGGAAGGACCGCUUACGCUGCAGGAUGGGGAGCAGUUCAACCAGGCUCAAAACUUCGUCCGAAGGUCCUCCAAUACGUUGGUGUACCCAUUAUAGAUAAUCAGGUAUGCGAAACGUGGCAUAAGAAGAGAGGAAUUAACAUCGAAAUUCACGAAGAAAUGUUGUGUGCAGGAUACGAAAGAGGUGGAAGAGAUGCGUGUCAAGGUGAUUCGGGAGGACCAUUAAUGAUGAAAGAAUAUAACGUUUGGUAUCUAGUAGGCAUCGUUUCAGCAGGUUAUUCCUGCGCAAAACAGCAACAACCAGGCAUUUACCACCGAGUUAGUAGCUCUUCAGACUGGAUAUCUUCUAAUAUUAAUUAA